ACGCCAGAAUAACGAUCGUAUGGAUCGUACCGAAAAGGAUUUUACCAUACCCACUAAUCUUUUGGUGAUUGCAACGCGUGCCAAAUGGUCUAUACAUAGAAAGUGACGCGCGUUAACGUCCCACUAAAGUUUUGGUACCAUGGUUUGGUCGUUUGAUCUUCGUUUGGUGGUCUGACUUUUAAACAGCGUAGUUCCCAGUAAUAAAUAUAUACAUAAAUCUGUAUUGAAUACUUAUAGUUGCAGAGUAACCAGCAUCAUGUCCAGCACAUCCCAGAAACAUAGAAAUUUUAUAGCUGAACCGAUGGGUGAAAAGCCUGUGACCGAGUUAGCUGGUGUUGGUGAAGUUUUAGGUAAACGAUUGGAAGCAGCUGGCUUUGAUAAGGCUUAUGUUGUACUUGGCCAAUAUUUAGUUCUCAAGAAAGACAAGGAGUUGUUUCAAGAAUGGAUGAAGGACACGUGUGUUGCAAACUCGAAACAAUCUCAGGAUUGCUACCAGUGCCUUUGCGAUUGGUGUGAAGAAUUCUUGUAAAUAAUAAGAAAAUUAAAUGUAUGUUUUUUAUAUUUUUGUAAAAGAUUGAAAUUGGCAUUUUAACUAAAUGAUCUAUCACCGUUUACAACGUAAACGUGUUUUACCAACUUCAGUUGUAUAUAAUAUUCACUUGAUUAUGAAUAAAAAUUUUAAGUAAAUUGA